CCGGCCGGCGCGUCACGUGACGGCGGCUCGGCGGCGCCGGCGGUUUGCUGUCAGCUGAUUCCCCGGGUCGGUGGCAGCGGCAGCGGUGGCCAUGGACUUUCUCCUGGGGAACCCGUUCAGCUCCCCGGUGGGACAGCGCAUCGAGAGAGCGACCGACGGCUCCCUGCAGAGCGAGGACUGGGCCCUCAACAUGGAGAUCUGCGACAUCAUCAACGAGACCGAGGAAGGCCCCAAAGACGCCUUCCGAGCGGUCAAGAAGAGGAUCUCGGGCAACAAGAACUUCCACGAAGUGAUGCUGGCGCUCACGGUCUUGGAAACCUGCGUCAAGAACUGUGGGCACCGCUUCCACGUGCUGGUGGCCAGCCAGGACUUCGUGGAGGGCGUGCUGGUGCGCACCAUCCUGCCCAAGAACAACCCGCCCGCCGUCGUGCACGACAAGGUCCUCAACCUCAUCCAGUCCUGGGCGGACGCCUUCCGCAGCUCGCCUGACCUGACGGGCGUCGUGGCCGUGUACGAGGACCUGCGGCGGAAGGGCCUGGAGUUCCCCAUGACCGACCUGGACAUGCUGUCGCCCAUCCACACGCCGCAGAGGACCGUGUUCAGCUCCGAGUCACCGUCGGGACAGAGCUCCUCGGGCUCAGACGCCCCUCAGCGGGCGGACUCGGGCCAGCACCCUGCCCCACCCCCCGCCCCCACCGUGCCGCUGGGAGAUGCCACCUUAACGCCCACCCCUGAGCAGAUCGGGAAGCUCCGGAGCGAGCUGGAGAUGGUGAGCGGCAACGUCCGCGUCAUGUCCGAGAUGCUGACCGAGCUGGUGCCCACCCAGGCCGAGCCCGCAGACCUGGAGCUGCUGCAGGAGCUCAACCGGACGUGCCGGGCCAUGCAGCAGCGCGUGCUGGAGCUCAUCCCGAAGAUCGGCAACGAGCAGCUCACGGAGGAGCUGCUCAUCGUCAACGACAACCUCAACAACGUCUUCCUGCGCCACGAACGGUUUGAGCGUUUCCGGACGGGCCAGAGCGCCAAGGCGCCCAGCGAGGCCGAGGCUGCCGCUGACCUCAUCGACAUGGGCCCCGAACCCACGGCCACCGGUAGCACCCUCUCGUCCCAGCUGGCUGGAAUGAACCUGGGCUCCAGCAGCGUGAGGGCCGGCCUGCAGUCCCUGGAGGCCUCGGGCCGCCUGGAAGACGAGUUUGACAUGUUUGCGCUGACCCGGGGCAGCUCGCUGGCUGAGCAGCGGAAAGAGGUCAAGUACGAAGCCCCCCAAGCCACGGACGGCCUGGCCGGAGCCCUGGGCGCGCGUCAGCAGACCGGAGGGGCGAUCCCCGUCCCCCAGCCCGGCGUCAUGGAGGACAUCGAGCAGUGGCUGGCGACUGACGUGGGCGCCGACGCGGACGAAGCCAAGGGCGUCACCAGCGAAGAGUUCGACAAGUUCCUGGAGGAACGGGCCAAGGCCGCCGACCGCCUGCCCAGCCUCUCCAGCCCCUCGGCCGAGGACCCCCGGGGGCCCCCCGUGGGCACCGCGCCACGCAAGAAGCCGCAGGACAAAGAUGACGACAUGCUGUUUGCCUUAUGAACGGGGCCCGGGCCCCCUCCCCCCACCCCCUCCCGUGUCAAGGCUGCUUUGGGGGCACCUCGGUGCCCGCCUUCUCUCUUCCCGAGGACGGGGCUGGCCGCACGCGGGGGAGCAGGACAGCUGUGCUUCGGGGUCCCCUCCAGGAGCCCCCCGCACCCACACUGCCAGGCGAGGCGGGUGCCGGCCGGGGCCCACACGGCUCGGCCGCCUCCUCCCGUCGCUCCCCGCCCCACUCCGGCCCGCUGGCCUGGCCAGGUACGACGCCGUGGGGCCCCGGCGGGACGCCCCACUGCCUUCUCCUGCCGCCCGCGCGCCCAGCCCCCCAGACAGUGCCCUGGGCCGGGGCCCUGCGGUCCAUCUCGCCCGGGAGCGGUCGUGCCUUUCCGUCUCAAUUAAAGGUAGAAAGUCUGCAAGG